AUGGAUUUAUUCAGAUAUAAUGAAACCAAGCGACUCCGUGAGCGACAUUUAGUCUUCAAUGUCAAGAAACUCCUGAACAUCAUCGCCAGCUCAGUGGACCAGCCAAGCGAAAAUGUGAUUCUGUUCACCAAAAUCGCUGAGGGCGGCUCUUAUCGUGUGUUUGAGGCCACCUUCAAAAAUGGUGAAGAAGUUAUUGCUCGCCUACCAUACCUGUGUACACUUCCUGGUACAUAUGGCAUUGCAAGUGAAGCUGCAACUAUUGACUACCUUCGCCUCCAGGGAAUCCCGAUACCAAAGGUCCUGGCCUGGAAUAAUUCUGUUACCAAUAAUCCACUGGGAACUGAGUAUAUCAUAACGGAGAAAGCCAAAGGGAAAGAGCUAGAAGCGACUUGGUAUACGAUGGGGAUCGAUGAAAGGAAAUCGGUCAUGGAAAGAAUUGUUGCCAUUGAGAGCUUGCUUUUUAAAAUUAAGCUGCCUGCCUAUGGCAGUCUUUACUACACAGAUUCAUUACCAAAUGGUACUGAUAUUGCCGUUCUUCCUGAUGACAACGCCUUUUGUGUCGGACCGUCAGCAGAAAUUUUAUGGUGGUAUCAUAAGCGAGGAGGACUGAAAGCUAAUAGGGGCCCUUGGAAUUCGUCUGUUGAGUUGCUCAAUUCGGUUGGACUUCGAGAAAUUGAAUGGCUUCGGACAUACGGGGAGCCGAGAUACCCCCGAGAACCCCUUUACCGGGAAUUCUACGGUAAAAAGAAGGUUGACCCUGGGGUUCAAAUCCGUAGCUUGGAAAAUUACCUUUCGGUAGCCCCUUAUAUCAUUCCAACUCAAGAAUAUCUGAACCAGCCAACCAUCCGCCACCCUGAUUUCUCACCGAACAACAUUUUCAUAAAUGAAUCAGGAGAAAUCAGUGCCAUCAUUGAUUGGGAGCGUACUUCGAUCCUUCCACUCUUUAUCCAAGCAAAUAUUCCAAAAUACUUUCAAAACUACGGAGAUGAAGAUUCGGAAAAUUUUAAAUACCCAGAGUUACCAAAAGGCUUUGACUCCCUGUCUGAUGAUAAGAAAGAGCUGGAGCUGGAAUUAUAUCGGAGAAGACAAACCCAUUAUUAUUAUCUUGGCUUUACCAGCCGCGAUAAUGAGAAUCAUUUCCGUGCAAUGGGAAGCUAUAACGGUGUUAUGCGAAGCCGCUUAUAUGAUGUCGUUAAUCGCCCAUGGGAAGGAGACAAUACAACGCUUAAAGCAACUCUUACCAACAUGUCCUCCUAUUGGCCAGGUAUUGCGACUCCUGAAAUGAAAGAGGCCAGUUACCCUUUACAGUAUCCACCCGAAGAGAUCAAAGAAUGUCUCGACAUCGAUUCACAGCAGAAGGCCGCAAAUACUCAGAUGCAAAACCUCAGAGAUAGUUUUGGCAUCAAUAUUGACGGCUGGGUCCCAAAUGAGAUGUAUGAGGAAGCGAGUCGGCGAAUGGCUGAUGUGAAAGCACAGAUGCUAGACAUUGCCAAAACGAAAGAAGAUAGAGAGGAUCUUCUGCAGAACUGGCCAUUCCAGGAUCAUGAAGAAGUCGAUUGA